CUGCGAAUACCAGAAUCUGAUCAGAUAAAAGAGUUUAGGAAAUUCCUUGGAACCUACAAGAAACUUACAGAAACCUGCUGUUUGGACUGUGUAAAAGACUUCACAACAAGAGAAGUAAAACCUGAAGAGAUCAUCUUUUCAGAACAUCGCUCACGGAAAUAUUUGAAAACGCUACAAAGAAUAUCCAUGAGAUUUCAGGAAUAUCGUAUUCCGCAGAAUGAAGCCCUAGCAGCCAAAGCAGGACUCCUGGUCAACCACGGUAGAGAAAUCCUGAUGGAUGGACUUUCAGUGAAAGAUUGCCAACAGCUGUUGCUCUGGAAAUGA